ACCCCGGCCCGCUCCUUUUUUCUGAGGCUCCUGCUGCUUCCCGAGAUCCAUAGUCGCCACCUUGAGCUGUGAGGUGCUUCGCAGCCAGUCGGGUCUACCCACACGCGGAGCCCACUUUGGACCACGACCCACCGAUCCAGCGGGGUUUGGGGCCACCAACCCGCACCGCCGCUCCGGGCUGCUCCUGUGCAUCUGCGCGCGCGUCUCACCCACGACGGCACGUUCACGGUCCCAAGGAAUCCCCAGGUGAAGCCGGGCGGCACAAGGAGCCAAGCUAGCCUAUGGCCGCGCUCAGAUAACGCAGGUUGGGGGCGCUCGCGCCCCCCAUCCUCACCAGCAUGGUUCGGCCACUGUCCCUUGGAGAGCUGCCUCCCAGCUACACACCUCCAGCUCGGUCCUCCGCACCUCAUAUUCUAGCUGGGAGCCUGCAGGCUCCUCUCUGGCUUCGUGCUUACUUCCAAGGUCUACUCUUCUCCCUGGGGUGCAAGAUCCAGAGACACUGCGGCAAAGUGCUCUUCCUGGGACUGGUGGCCUUUGGGGCUCUGGCACUGGGUCUCCGAGUGGCUGUAAUUGAGACAGACUUAGAACAGCUCUGGGUAGAAGUGGACAGCAGGGUGAGCCAGGAGCUACACUACACCAAGGAGAAGCUAGGGGAGGAGGCCGCGUACACCUCCCAGAUGUUGAUUCAGACCGCGCGCCAGGAGGGGGAAAACGUCCUCACCCCAGAGGCACUUGGCUUUCACCUCCAGGCCGCGCUCACGGCCAGUAAAGUACAAGUAUCACUUUAUGGGAAGUCCUGGGAUUUAAACAAAAUCUGCUACAAGUCAGGGGUUCCCCUUAUUGAAAAUGGAAUGAUUGAGCGGAUGAUUGAGAAGUUGUUUCCCUGUGUGAUCCUCACCCCGCUUGACUGCUUCUGGGAAGGAGCCAAACUCCAAGGGGGCUCUGCCUACUUACCGGGCCGCCCAGAUAUCCAGUGGACCAACCUGGACCCCCAGCAGCUGCUGGAGGAGCUGGGCCCCUUUGCCUCUCUGGAGGGCUUCCGGGAGCUGCUGGACAAGGCACAGGUGGGCCAGGCCUAUGUGGGGCGACCCUGUCUGGACCCCGAUGACCCCCACUGUCCACCUAGUGCUCCCAACCGUCACAGCAGGCAGGCACCCAAUGUGGCUCAGGAGCUGAGUGGGGGCUGCCAUGGCUUCUCCCACAAGUUCAUGCACUGGCAGGAGGAACUGCUACUGGGGGGCACAGCCAGAGAUCUCCAAGGACAGCUGCUGAGGGCAGAGGCCUUGCAGAGCACCUUCCUGCUGAUGAGUCCCCGUCAGCUCUAUGAGCACUUCCGGGGCGACUACCAGACGCAUGACAUCGGCUGGAGUGAGGAGCAGGCCAGCACAGUGCUGCAGGUUUGGCAGAGGCGCUUUGUGCAGCUAGCCCAGGAGGCUCUGCCGGCCAACGCAUCCCAGCAGAUCCAUGCCUUCUCCUCCACCACCCUGGAUGACAUUCUGCACAAGUUCUCUGAAGUCAGCACCACCCGUGUGGUAGGAGGCUAUCUGCUCAUGCUGGCCUAUGCUUGCGUUACAAUGCUACGGUGGGACUGCGCCCAGUCCCAGGGUGCUGUAGGUCUUGCUGGGGUGUUGCUGGUGGCCCUGGCGGUGGCCUCAGGUCUUGGUCUUUGUGCCCUACUUGGCAUCACUUUUAAUGCUGCCACUACUCAGGUGCUGCCCUUCUUGGCUCUGGGCAUCGGCGUGGAUGACAUCUUCCUGCUGGCACAUGCCUUCACAAAGGCGCCACCCGACACCCCUCUCCCAGAGCGUAUGGGUGAGUGUUUGAGACGCACGGGCACCAGUGUGGCACUCACGUCCAUCAACAACAUGGUCGCUUUCUUCAUGGCUGUCCUGGUUCCCAUUCCUGCGCUGCGGGCCUUCUCCCUGCAGGCAGCCAUAGUGGUCGGCUGCAACUUCGCAGCGGUGAUGCUUAUCUUCCCGGCCAUCCUCAGUCUCGACCUGCGCCGGCGCCACCACCAGCGCCUGGACAUUCUCUGCUGCUUCUCUAGCCCCUGCUCUGCUCAAGUCAUUCAGAUGCUGCCCCAGGAGCUAGGGGACAGAGCAGUACCAGUGGGCAUUGCCCACCUGACUGCCACCGUGCAAGCCUUUACCCACUGCGAAACCAGCAGCCAGCAUGUAGUCACCAUUUUGCCUCCUCAAGCCCACCUGCUGUCUCCAGCUUCUGACCCACUGGGCUCCGAACUCUACAGCCCUGGAGGGUCCACACGGGACCUUCUUAGUCAGGAGGAGGGGAUGAGGCCAAAGGCAGCCUGCAGGUCCCUCCUCUGUGCCCACUGGACUCUCGCCCAUUUUGCCCGCUAUCAGUUUGCGCCUUUACUGCUCCAGACACAAGCCAAGGCCCUGGUGUUGCUGUUCUUUGGGGCUCUUUUGGGCCUGAGCCUCUAUGGAGCCACCUUGGUACAAGAUGGGCUGGCCCUGACAGAUGUGGUCCCUCGGGGCACCAAGGAGCAUGCUUUCCUGAGCGCCCAGCUCAGGUACUUCUCCCUGUACGAGGUGGCUCUGGUGACACAGGGUGGCUUUGACUACGCCCACUCCCAACGCGCCCUCUUUGAUCUGCACCAGCGCUUCAGUUCCCUCAAGGCUGUGCUGCCCCCACCCGCCACCCAGGCACCCCGCACCUGGCUUCACUACUACCGCAGCUGGCUUCAAGGUAUCCAGGCUGCAUUUGACCAAGACUGGGCUUCAGGCCGCAUCACCCGCCACUCUUACCGCAACGGCUCUGAAGAUGGCGCCCUGGCCUACAAGCUGCUCAUCCAAACCGGGAAUGCCCAGGAGCCUCUGGAUUUCAACCAUCUGACCACAAGGAAACUGGUGGACAAGGAGGGACUCAUUCCCCCAGAGCUCUUCUACAUGGGGCUAACAGUGUGGGUGAGCAGCGACCCUCUGGGCCUAGCAGCCUCUCAGGCCAACUUCUACCCCCCACCUCCCGAAUGGCUGCAUGACAAAUACGAUACCACCGGAGAGAACCUUCGCAGUGAGUCCUGGGGGAGCUCGCCUGGAACCUGGUCCUCAACCCACACAGGCCCUGACCCUCCAACCCCUCACCGUUCUGCUUACUCCAUCUCCUCCUCUGCUCCUCUGUCCUCUCCAGUCCCGGCAGCCCAGCCCUUGGAGUUUGCCCAGUUCCCCUUCCUGUUGCAUGGUCUCCAGAAGACUGCAGACUUUGUAGAAGCCAUCGAAGGGGCCCGGGCGGCGUGCACAGAGGCAGGCCAGGCAGGGGUGCAUGCCUACCCCAGUGGCUCCCCCUUCCUCUUCUGGGAGCAGUAUCUGGGACUUCGGCGCUGCUUCCUGCUGGCGGUCUGCAUCUUGCUGGUGUGCACCUUCCUCGUCUGUGCCCUGCUCUUACUCAGCCCAUGGACAGCAGGUCUCAUAGUGCUGGUCCUGGCGAUGACGACUGUGGAGCUCUUUGGUAUCAUGGGAUUCCUGGGCAUCAAACUGAGUGCCAUCCCCGUGGUAAUCCUCGUGGCCUCCAUAGGCAUUGGUGUUGAAUUCACGGUUCAUGUGGCUCUGGGCUUCCUGACCAGCCAUGGCAGCCGGAACCUGCGGGCUGCUAGCGCUCUGGAACAGACCUUUGCCCCUGUGACUGAUGGCGCUGUCUCUACAUUGCUGGGUCUGCUCAUGCUUGCUGGUUCUAACUUUGACUUCAUCAUAAGGUACUUCUUCGUGGUGCUGACGGUGCUAACACUCUUGGGCCUGCUCCAUGGACUCCUGCUGCUGCCUGUGCUGCUCUCUAUCCUGGGCCCCCCACCACAGGUGGUGCAGCUAUACAAGGAGAGUCCACAGGCCGUAAGCUCUGCGGCUCCACAAAGAGGUGGGCUCAGGUGGGGCAUGCCCCCCACCCUGCCCCAGAGUUUUGCCAGAGUGACUACCUCCAUGACUGUGGCCCUCCACCCACCACCACUGCCUGGAGCAUACGUCCACCCAGCCUCCGAUGAGCCCACGUAGUCUCCCGAGGCUGCCCUAGCAGCCACCAGCGCCAGCGACCUCAGUUCUAGAGGACUGGGUGUAGCCACUGAGUGAAAGAGUAUCAAAAUCCCUGAGACCUCGAAGGCCCAUACAGAGUCCCUGGGAGGCAGUGGGUGAGGUAUGGAAUGAUGGAGCCCUGGAGGGCCUCAUGCUACUGUCUGCAUCUCCUCCCGACUCAGUACUACGCACCUCGCCGACACCAAAGAGAGCGGCUACUGCUUGGACAAGAGCCUCCCAGCACAUAGGAACUCACGGGAGCUCAUGUCUUUAUCCAGGUUGGGCCGGGAGGCUGCAUUCUGGCUGCAGUGCAGCCCUGUCCUGUUCCGUCCCACACUGUCACCUGAGGGUUCCUAGCACAUUCUCCUAUCCCUGGCCCUUCAUUGCUUGAUGACUCCUAGGGAGGCCCUCUGUUCCCCUCCCUACCUCCUGCCAUAUAAAUUAUUUAUAUGAAGAUGUUUAUUUUUGUAUAUAGAUGUUAUCACUGCUCAAAGUUCUAUUUUUAAAGAGUGAAAUAUAUUCUAUACAAACUCA